UUUUACCUUUGACAGUUGCAAUUACUGCCAUCACUUUGCUGAUCAUCUGCGAUUUUUCUCUUAUCCAGAAUCAAAAUAAACCAUCGAAAUGGCCUGUCGAAUGAUUAUUUCACCCUCUGCUCGUAUAAUCGCUCAACUAGGUCUACGUGGAAUCACGACUCAAGUGUUAAGUUCGCAUUGUGCCGUUAUUAAGGAUGAAAUCACCCACACUGGACAGUUCUACGAUGAAAAAGAUUACCGUAAUGCUCGCUUCGUGAACGCCGAAAAAGUAGUGAAUCCGAGCUGGGCAAUCAAAUUGAUCGAUGAGACACCGAUAAUCGAAUCCACCCAACGAGUUGUUUACUGCGAUGGUGGUACUGAACCAGCACUGGGACAUCCGAAAGUUUAUAUCAAUCUGGAUAAACCAGGAGCUCACGCGUGCGGAUACUGUGGACAGCGUUUCCAGAAAAAAGAUUCUCACCACUAGAAGUGAAGUUUCUGAUACAUGUAUAAACGAUGGUAAACCAAAAUAGAUAAUUUUAAAUCGAAA